AUGGGAGGACAUGGAGCUAUAGAGGUGGCCAAGACGGUCCUGGAGGUUGCUGACGUGGCAUGGACCGCCAUGGAAUGCGGCCACCACCACCUUCACCACGACGCCGACCACAAGGACCACGAGGGACCCAAGUGCGUGGUGCCUGACGAAGAAUUGCAGGCUCUGCGAGCGGAGAAUCGGCGACUGAGAAACUCGCUGGAGCAGAAUCUCAAGCUCCUCGAAAACCUAUCCGAAUCGCCUUCUUUGUUGAACGAUUGUCCUCCCGAUUUGUAUGCUCGCUUAGUAGCUACUGUAGAUUCGAACGACUUCUUGACGCGAAUCAGAGCUCUAAAGCAGGAAUCUGAAAAUCAGUUUCCUUUCAAGGUGGCCUCAGGAAGUGAUUUGGAGGCAGCUGAAAUUCUCAUCAAUGUUGACCAUGAAGAACCCAGUUGGUGGGUUUGGGUCACGGAAGAUAUGCUUCCGGGUAAAGUUGAAGAAAGGAGUGGAAUUGACAAUGAAAGCUAUAUUCUUGUUAGUGAGGAGCAUGUGGUGGAUGGGAUUGCCAAUUUUAUGGCUAAGUGUAUUGUGUCAAACCCUCAAGCUCGGAAUUUGACACCAGAGGAGCUGCAGAAAAUUGUAGCAAAGGCGAUGGGUGGUGUCAGCAAAUUGGAGAAGGUGUUAGGUAUUUGGCAUGCUGGGAAGUUGUUCUAUGCCCUGUCCACCUGGGGACUUGCUCUAACCGGAUUGUAUAGGAGCCGUGCCAUAUUGAAAUUUGCUGCAAUGGGGGUGCAUACAACAAGCAAAGUGAUUAUGAGGGCAAUGUGA